CCUUUAAGAUGCAGCGGUGCACGUGACUAGAACUCGUACAUAUCUCCUUCCCUCUUCACGCUGCCAUCCACCCACAGAACAUCCCCUUGGGUUUUGUUCACCAUGGACACUCUCAGGCGCUCCCCCCGUCACCACCCGUCCGUUUCUUACAUCGUCCCUCGUAGCCUGAAAGUCAAAGCAGCCCAACUAAGCUGGGAAGAAAACGAUGGUUCUCUCCUUGUCACUCUUCUAUCGUGCAUGGAGUCUAAUCGUCGAUGGCGCUUUGGGAUUUUCCCGGCGACCAAUUCCCGCCAACGGUCCAGUGCGCACAGCACCAAGGUCAAGUAUUACGACGAAAUCGCCCGUGCCAUGUUUUCUCGCCACCCCAACCUUCAUUACCGUAGUGCUUACAGGAAGAAACCCGCCUCAUUCGCCAGAGCCGUGAAGGAUAAACUUGAGAGCUUCUCUCCUUCGUGUCGUGUAGACCUUCCGAGGACUUCAGGAAAGUCGGUUUAUAGAUCCGUCCAGAGUGUGUCACUCCUCAGCUAUCGUAGUACGGAGGCAUGGACCCAUCUCCGGCAAUCCACAUUCGGGCAGAUCGGAAAUCAUUGCGAGCCUCUCUGGCUUCCCAGCCUUCCAUUGGAAAUCCAGUACAUUGUCCUGAGGCUUGCUAUCGCCGCUGACCGUGGCCUCGACUCCAUUGACCUUCCCGUGGCAGCAAACCUCUCCCUUGUGAACCGAACCUGGUGUCAAUUUAUUGAGCCAUUCCUGUAUAGGACUGUUACCAUCAGAAGCCCUAGCCGUUAUAGAGCGCUUUUCGACCUCCGAAGUUCGCUCGCUCGACCAGAGGGCCCCGUUAACCACACUAAGAUCCUCAAGCUCUUUGUCCCUCCCCCAGACGACUAUAUGAUCCAUUCCUUCUUCGUACCCGCAUAUUCUCUCCAUCGCCACAUCCCUGAAGUGCAUUACGACGUCGCUUCUUCUCGAAAUUAUUUCCCCAUUGUGAAGAGGCUUCCACGGGAGACUCACGUGCAAGAAUUUUCAAAUUAUUCAUCUAUGCUUUAUCCGCUUCUAUUAGAUAUGCGGACAACAAAGCUGCACCUGACGAUGAGCUUCCCGAUGAGCGAAGGCCCGGAGGAUGAGCUAUCACUAUGGGGCGAGGUGAUGAGCGGUCACAUCGCGGUGCUUAAGCUCAUGGUUCAUUUGCGUGAACUCAUCAUUGAUGGGGCGCUGUAUUUGACUUUGCUUCCUAAAUGCGUGCAUAAGUGAUUGGGCCAUUGGAUCAAGCUGGGAAGCCAUCCUAUCCGUGUUAAGAGCCGACGAUGACGGCGUCCCAACCCUUCUAGACGGUACUUGCUUGACAAAGAUAACAUUCAUUCAUGCGCACGUACCUACGCUAGCUUUUCUUGCACGUAUGGCGCUUACGAAACGCAUCACGAA